CCUCUCCCAUGUAAAGCGCCAUUAUUGAGUUAUUUUAUUUGAUUUGCGUGAGUUUUAUGCUUAUGUACCGAGCCAAUAUUCGCUGCUCUUUUUUAGCUGCUGGGCAGCCAAUUGAGUUCUGGAUUAUUUGAGUUAUUGAGGUAUGGAAGACGACAUCAUUACGGAGGAGGUUAUAACUGAAAGCAAAUCGGAAACAAGGAAACCAGUUCCACAGGCCGAAGUGCACCUUUAUGUGAGAGGACAAGGACCCCUUCAUGUAUUGAAAUGCCCCCUUGGUGGGUGGGAUGAAGACAAGCUUGAUCUGUUACAGAUAAUGGAUGACUAUGGCCUCAAGGCUCUCUAUGCCUUCAAUCCCUCAUCAGGUCGAGGCCUACCUAUCAGGUACAAUCCUAAAAACGGCCUCUCCAUGCUGUCAUACAGAGGAAAACAAGUCUGCAUUGAUGGCGAACCUAAGGUUGUUAACCAUGGGAUCCCUGAGAUGGUUGUGGAGGAGAUGUUGAAGGUGUCAUCUGAAUAUUUUGAGGUGCCACUGGAGGAGAGGCAGAAAUUCAUGUCAACAGAUGUUAGGAAGCCAAUACGAUAUGGAACUAGUUGGAAUCAACUCAAUGAUACAUGUUUUUGUUGGCGUGAUUUUUUGAAGCAUUACUGUCAUCCACUUGAUGAAAUGGUUCAUAUGUGGCCAUCUAAUCCCCCUCAAUACAGGUGUGUAGUUGCAUGCUAUUCUGAACAAGUGAAAUUACUAGCGACAGAGCUAAUGGCAGCUAUGAUGGAGCACCUUGAAAUAAAGUCCACAAGCAUACAAAAAACAUUCAAGAAUGGAAGUCAAAUGAUGGUGCUCAAUUGUUACCCUCCUUGUCCACAACCAAAUCUCACUUUGGGCAUGUUACCACAUUCAGACUAUGGUUGCAUCACAAUACUCUUGCAGGAUGAAGUAGAAGGCCUACAAGUACAAGACGAAGGACUUUGGAAAUCCGUGCGCCCUUUACCUGGUUCUUUCUUAAUCAACAUUGGAGACCAUUUAGAGGUGUUGAGCAAUGGAAGAUUCAAGAGUGCAAUCCAUCGUGUUGUAGUGAAUUCUGAGAGGUCGCGUGUAUCAGUAGCAACAGUGCACAGCUUGCCUUUCCAUGUGAAGAUAAGUCCCUGUCCUGAGCUCAUUGAUGAGCACCACCCUAAGAUGUAUAGGGAUACAAAUUUCAAUGACUUCUUGAACUCACUCACCUGCAGUCGAUUCAAUGGCAUACGCUUUCUGGACUCUAUCAAAUUAUACACUACUUGAAGCUUAUUAUAACGCUAUCUUCCAUGUUUAAUUAUUUCUCAUAUUUUACCUCUUGCAUGAUCUUUUCCAAAUUACAUAAAACAUCGUGGGUUUAUAGAAUUCUCUCUGCCAUCUUUUUUCUCAACUGUUUUUACAGUGAUGGUAGAAAGAAUCCCACAUACAUUCUCUGUACCUUAAU